CACACUCUCGGCAUGACAGAUGACAUCAUACCGAACAACGCGAUUACGGCCAGCUCUACCCACAAUGAAGGAAGCGUCGGCCCGGCUUUCGGAAGAUUGCACAGGGAGAAUAACGGAGGCGCCUGGUGUCCCAAAGGUCAGAUCUCGACGGAGUCGUACGAGUGGCUCCAAGUUGACCUCGACGGAUACCACAUCAUCAGAGGAAUCGCCGUUCAAGGCCGUUUCGGUAACGGACAGGGUCGGGAAUACGCCGAAGAAUUCUUAAUUGAAUAUUGGCGUCCCGGAAUCAGCAAAUGGGUCCGAUACACCAACAGGACCGGGAUCUACAUUUUCGAAGGAAACGAAAAUACGUACACUCCGAAAUAUCAAGCUUUCGAGCCGUACAUCGUCGCCGAGAAGAUACGCGUCGUGCCCUACUCUCAAAACAUCCGGACGGUGUGCAUGCGGGUCGAACUCUACGGAUGCGAGUGGACACAGGGAAUUGUGUCGUACACUAUCCCGCAGGGCGAUCGUUUCAGCUCAACGGUUGACCUGUCCGAUAAAAUCUACGAUGGUGGACGCGACGACAGCACACUCCAUGACGGACUAGGCCAGCUCACCGAUGGCGUGGAAGGCGGCGAUAAUUUCAAAGCCGAGUACUCGAAGUUCGGAAAAGGUUACGAAUGGGUCGGCUGGCGUAACGACUCGACGCACUCGAAUCCGCUGGAAAUGAUCUUCGAGUUCGACACCGUUCGGAAUUUCUCGGCCGCCUAUUUCUAUUGCAACAAUCAGCACACCAAAGACGUUUCGCUCUUCAACUCGGCCAAAUUCUGGUUCUCUGUCGGUGGCCAGUGGUACGUCGAGGAGCCUCUAGUGUUCAAGAAUAUGCACAACCCGCUGCCGGAGAAAGCCCGCAACGUCACCAUCCGCUUGCACCACAAAGUCGGCAAGUUUGUCAAAGUGCAGCUCGCCUACCGCUCCGGCUGGAUCCUCCUCAGCGAAGUUUCCUUCAGCUCAACCAUCGCUAAUGGAACGUUCCUUCCCGAAGAAGAACCCAUCGCUCCCCCAGUUGUUUUCCCCACGGUGACCGAAGACCCCAUCAUCAAGCAACACGUCGGCAUCCUGAUCGGGAUUCUCGCCGCUGUCAUAAUGCUCCUGAUGUUGGUGAUCUUCAUCAUCACGGUUCGAAACCGACAGAGGAAACACACAACCCCGCACGCUAUCCUCAAACCCAUUGGCACCGCAGACAACCGAGUGACCAUCAACAUGAAGGACCUCGCGCUUCAGUAUCAGCCAAAGUACGCUCUCAACGGGAACAUUUACGGUCAAGUGAACCUCGACGACCCCGACAAGCUCCUAUAUCAAGAACCCGCUGACUUCAAAACUCCAAUCUAUCCGGCAACGUAUAGCAAUGCGGACUCCUCGCGCGAGUACGCCGUGCCUCAGGACAUCACGACGCCUAGAAGCCCGAAAACGCUCAACAGGAACUGUUCGCCACCGACGUUCGGACGCGCUAUCAGAACUCAGAGCCCUACCGAGCAUUACUACGCCGCCACCGACGUCGUCGCAAGCCUUCCGAAUAUCCAGGGCGUGAGUGGGAACACCGUCUACUCAGUGCCCAGCCUCGACCUGUCGACCAGUUCCGCAAACUCCUCCGGGGAUGACUCCAGCGCAACGCUAAGGAACUCGCCUCAUCUCUCGACAACCACGCAAGUUCGCGAAGUUCCUCGACACAGGAUUCGCGUUCUUGAGAAAAUAGGCGAAGGACCCUUUGGGGAAGUUCACCUUGCCGAAGCCGAAGGUAUCCCCGAGCUGGUCGACGUUCCCUGCACAUUCGGCUCGAAAUCUUUCGUCGCCAUCAAGUCACUCCAUAGGAACAGUAGCGAAGCUGCCAGGAAAGAAUUUUACAAGGAGGUGAAAAUACUGUCCCGCAUACGAGACCAAAACAUCUCCCAUAUUUUGGGGGUGUGCACCAGGGACGAACCACUCUCAAUGAUCGUCGAGUAUUCUGAGCACGGCGACCUCAACGAGUUCCUCAACGAACAUCUCCCCGACACAUUCGCUCCGAGCGGAGCCACCAAGACCUUGAGCCAUGGGACUUUGAUUUUCAUGGCGACUCAAAUUGCUUCUGGCAUGAAGUACCUCGAAUCGCUUAACUUCGUUCAUCGAGAUCUCGCCACCAGAAACUGCCUUGUCGGCGCGGGUUACGCCAUCAAGAUUUGUGACUUCGCCAUGAGCCGAUCCGAGUACAAACUUGACUAUUACCGUAUGCAAGGCGGACGCAGCAUGCUGCCCGUCAGAUGGAUGUCCUGGGAGUCCAUCCUGUUCGGAAGAUUCUCCACCAAGAGUGACGUAUGGGCUUUCGCCGUGACGCUUUGGGAAAUGCUCACAUUCGCCCGACAGAAACCGUUUACCAAUUGUAGUGAUGACAUGGUCGUCGAGAACGCGCGCCACAUGUACAAUAUGGACGGGCGUGCCGUACAACUCAACCAGCCACCUGAAUGCCCGAAGGAGAUCCUGGAUCUCAUGCGCGAAUGCUGGCAGCGAAACGAAGCCGACAGACCCAACUUUAGGGAGAUCCAUUUGUUCUUGCAGCGCAAGAAUCUCGGUUACUCCCCACAAGCUUAG